AUGGCUUUGGGGCUGGAGAUCCAGGAGGAUUUCGAAGUUCUCGGUGGAAGGGAUGGGCAGGAUGCAUGGACCCGACACUAUGGGAAGCAUGGACAGCGGCCGAUCAAUAGACAUGAUUUGGAAUUCACCACGGGCGCCGUAUUGACCGUGUUACAUACACCUGGUACCGCCCCUUUCCGAUUAGAGUUGUCCUCGGCCAUGGCCUUGGAAUUCACGAUUGCCCAAUAA